AGCACAGUCUACAGGGUGUUGGGCUGGGGGAGGGCAUGGUCCCCUUUCACAGAGGGGACAAGGCGGCGCGUGCCCCCCAAAAACUUGGUCAGAGGGCGGGUCCAGCGCUAUUUUACACGCUAUUUGGCGCAUGUACAGUGGCUUUAUUGGCCUUUGGUGGUAUUUUUCCUGGCGCAUGCUUGGGGGCAGUUUGCUCGUUUACCGCCCAGUCACCCGUAGCGGGCUGCGCCGAACCUUAUAACCUGACAGGCGACUGCCUGUAUUUUACUGUUCGGGCUUGGCUUCAACACAGAACUUGGACAAACAAACGAAGCUGUCAUAGCCAUUAACUCAAUUACACGACCCAGCCGCUAAAUACUUUACCGAGAAACAAAAAAACGUAGUGUCAUCAGAAACGCCGCAUCUCCAAUUCGCUAAGUUUCUGCUUGCUCUCCACUGUCCCGCACCGCUGUAACUCCAGCACGCACGGCAGCGCAGUGCCGGCCAGUGACCCACUGAAGCACGCCGCUCUCCCGCCCCAGGUGCCCGCUGAGAUCCACUGCAGCGCAACCCGGCCAAAGCUUCCUUUCUCUCGACAGGUUCGCUUCUCUUUUAAUUUUUUUAUUCUUGUUCACACCCUCCACGAAACCCUGAUUUCGUACGUGCUCCGAGAGCCCUAGCGUUUCAAUAUACAGAGACAAGGCUCCUCUACUCUCACCGCAUCAAUCAAUCCCGGUCCAUCUCCGCCUCGGGCCUCGCCUCGCCUUUUACAAUGGCAAAUUACGGCACAGCUUCUCCGGCUACGUCUCCCACGCAUCGCUCCGAAGACACCGAGAACGAGACAUCGCCACUUCUAUGGCGUCCCAAGGAGCGGUCUCUUGCAGCAAGGCUGCGGAGGUCAAUGGGUGCCGAUAUAUCCCGGUCAUGGGCGGACCUUGUCCUGUUGUUGUGCUAUGUCGUCACCGGUCUAUUGGAUAGCGCGUCAACUCAGGUCUGGGGUGCCUUUGUCUCUAUGCAAACAGGAAACACCGUCUACGUCGGUCUCGGCCUCGCAUCGCUCGUCUAUCCUCCAGUCAGCGUCCGCCUCUACCGAUCAGGCAUCUCGUUGCUUUCGUUCUGCAUAGGAUCCUUCUUCUUCGCACGCUUUCAUCGAUUCUUUUCACCAAAGCGGCGUUGGGUGCUCUGCGCAUCGUUUGGUGCGCAAGCACUGCUGACCAUUGCCGCUGCGACGAUUGUCACGGUCAAACCAGCGCCGGUAGACAGCAACGCUCACGACUGGACCGUCCUGCUGCCGCUGGCUCUCGUUGCUUUCCAGAGCUGCGGCCAGGCUGUGACUAGCCGUGCGCUCAAGUAUAAUGCACUGACAAGCGUUGUCCUGACAAGCAUCUACUGCGACUUGUUCUCCGACCAAGAUCUGUUUGCCGUGCGCAAUGUUGAGCGCAACCGCCGAGCCGCUGCGCCAACACUGCUCCUCAUUGGCGCCGUUGCUGGAGGCCUAUUCUCCCAUUCACCUCUUGGUAUUCAGGGCGCUUUGUGGACAGCAGCUGCGCUGAAGCUUUCCAUGGUUGUUAUGUGGUUCUUUUGGCCUGCUGAGCCAGAGGCAGAGCACGACGAGUCGUAGGCUCCGAGCCGCCGCCCGUCAAUCUGUGUAUAUUAAAUCAAUUGAAUAUAUUUGUCCUUCGAGGUCAAUUUUGUACUUUGUUAAUCGGAAAUCACUUCGACCACUUGCUCACGCGACAAUUCUGCGCUGUGGAUAGCAUGAGGGAGACUUGGCAGCAUGAUGAUUGUACUGAUUGUCUAUGCCGUUUUAUUUCCAGUACUACGCUCUGUAGAUAGCCACUAAAACGGAUCUCUCGACGCCCAACUCUGGGGAAAUUUGAGCCCUUGCGGAGGCGUAACUCCAUUGCGGCGCCACGCGGGC